AUGCAACUACAACAACAGCAGCAUCAUAAUCAGCAGCAGGAAAUAAAAGUUCCUCCAAAGUGGUUGCACUGUCCCCGACGAAGUACGCUAAUAUCCGAUAAAUUCAUGGUGUUUAAAACACCGCUGGAUGAAAAAUAUAACCGUGAAUUGCCUAAUGAAUACAGAUUCAAUUUAAAAAUGGUUUUUGAAUCUGUUGCAAAUAUGAAACUAACAAUGGGCUUGAUCAUCGACUUGACAAACUCAACAAAUUUCUACAACGUCAACCAUGUUAAAGACAUCUACGAUUGUGAAUAUUUGAAACUAAGCUGCGAGGGAUUUAGCGAAGCGCCGACAGAGGAAAUAACAUCAAAAUUUUAUGCCGUUUGUAAAGAAUUUAUUGAACAAAACCCAACUAAAAUUAUCGGAGUCCAUUGUACACAUGGUUACAAUAGGUCUGGUUUUCUCGUUGCUUCGUAUUUGGUUGAAGUGGAUAACUUGAGUCUGGAGAUGGCACUAAACCUGUUUAAUGAUGCCCGACCACCUGGCAUAUAUAAACAGGACUACCUGGACGAAAUCUGCAAAAGAUUCGGUCAAAGCAGUUCCGCACAAAAAGCACCCCAACUACCUACCUGGUACACUGAUUCAGAUUAUGUUGCUAGAGAUGAUGAUGGAAAUGUAGUUUUGGGCAACAGUUACAGUAAAAUCAAAAUAUGCAAAGGAGAAAACUUAUUUAUGGAUGGUAAAGUUGCGGGUGUAAUUACAGUCAAGGAUGACAAAGAAAUUUCAAGAGUCCAAGAAAAAAUCAAAGUUAUGUGUAAGACGCAAAGCCGGAUUUUUCCUGGGACGCAUCCAGUCAGCAUGAACCAAAAAAAUAUAUCAUUCCUUACGGAGAGGCCCUAUAAAGUUAGUUGGAAAGCUGAUGGUGUCAGGUACAUGAUGCUCGUCGAAAACAAAGACAACAUAUUUAUGGUAAAUAGAGAUAAUACUGUCUUUCAAGUAGUACAAAAAUUAACAUUCAAAAAAAGAAAAGAUUCAAAAGCCAAUCUGAUUGACACUUUAUUAGACGGGGAAAUGGUUCUUGAUCACAUUUGUGAUAAGACAAUACCAAGAUAUCUCAUUCACGAUAUUAUUCGAAUAGAUGGAAACAAUGUGGGCCGUUGGAACUUCGACAAGAGACUGAUGUGCAUAAUGAAGGAUAUCAUUGAACCAAGAAAUGAAUGCAAAGUUAAUAAAUCCACAGAACCAUUUAGCGUCAGAGCUAAACCAUUUUGGAGUAUAACUCAUUCUAAAAGCUUACUUGAUGGAAGUUUUGCAACAAAGGUGUGCCACGAGGUAGAUGGACUCAUUUUCCAGCCAGUUGAUAUGGGCUACAAAAUGGGCCAAUGCAAAGAGAUCUUGAGAUGGAAACCACCUCAAGUUAAUUCAGUUGAUUUUAAACUUUCUCUGAGAACAGAAAUAAAAGAAGGUAUGCUUCCCAAUUUUAUUGGAGAUCUCUAUGCCAGCGGACUGAAUCGGCCUUUUGCAAUUCUUUCUUCUAAGAUGACAAAAGCUAUGAGAAAUCUCGAUCAAAAGAUUAUUGAAUGCAAAUGGGAAAAUGGAUGGGUGUUCAUAAGGCAAAGAACUGACAAGUCAUUUCCCAACAAUUACGAAACAGUGAAAGCUGUUUGCGAGUCCAUCUCACAUCCAGUCAGCAAAGAACAACUGUACGAACUUAUCGACACUAAAAGAUACGACCUCAAUAUAAAACGCAUUGCAAAACCAAACGAGACGAGCUUACAAAGAAAUCAGCAAAAUCCAGAAAAUUUAACACAGAUAAAUAAUGAUGACAACCACCGAUCCAAAGGACAAAAACGAAGUCACAAUCAUAACAAAUCCACGGAAAACGACAUGCAGCCUGCUAAAAUACAGAAACUCUCUCCGUGA